CGCAGUUCGCGGAAGAAGUUCCUUUCCUUGCCGCAUUCCGGGUACCAAGAUGGUGGCCUGAGCUCUUUAGAGAGACUUCCUCCAUCCUUCACCGUCCCUCUCAGAUUUUUUUUUUUAACCUGGAUGUGACGCAUUAAAGGACCCGACGGAAAUAGAACUGAAGGCGUUCUAAAAUGGCGAACCGUACAGUGAAGGAUGCGCACAGUAUCCACGGCACCAAUCCUCAGUAUCUGGUGGAGAAGAUAAUUCGGACGCGAAUCUAUGAGUCCAAGUACUGGAAAGAGGAGUGCUUUGGACUGACGGCUGAACUUGUAGUCGAUAAAGCCAUGGAGUUGAGGUUUGUUGGUGGUGUCUAUGGUGGCAACAUAAAGCCAACUCCCUUUCUGUGUUUGACCUUGAAGAUGCUUCAAAUUCAACCUGAGAAGGAUAUCAUUGUAGAGUUUAUCAAAAAUGAAGAUUUCAAAUAUGUCCGUAUGUUGGGAGCACUUUACAUGAGGCUGACAGGCACUGCAAUUGAUUGCUACAAGUACUUAGAGCCUCUCUACAACGACUAUCGAAAAAUCAAGAGCCAGAACCGAAAUGGGGAGUUUGAACUGAUGCAUGUGGAUGAGUUUAUUGAUGAACUGCUGCACAGUGAGAGAGUCUGUGAUAUCAUUCUACCCCGGCUACAGAAACGUUAUGUGCUAGAGGAAGCUGAGCAGCUGGAGCCUCGGGUCAGCGCUCUAGAAGAGGACAUGGAUGAUGUGGAGUCCAGUGAAGAGGAGGAAGAGGAGGAUGAGAAGUUGGAGAGAGUACCAUCACCUGAUCACCGCCGGAGAAGCUACCGAGACUUGGACAAGCCCCGUCGUUCUCCCACAUUGCGCUAUAGGAGGAGUAGGAGCCGGUCUCCCAGAAGGCGGAGUCGGUCUCCUAAAAGGAGGAGCCCCUCCCCUCGCCGAGAAAGGCAUCGGAGCAAAAGCCCAAGACGUCACCGCAGCAGAUCUCGAGAUAGACGGCACAGAUCCCGGUCCAAGUCCCCAGGUCAUCACCGUAGUCAUAGACACAGGAGCCACUCAAAGUCUCCUGAAAGAUCUAAGAAAAGCCACAAGAAGAGCCGGAGAGGGAAUGAGUAAUGGACUCAGUUUGGUAUUAGUCCAAAUGACCACCUGUGGAUCCAAAGGCAUCUAUGUGGAAGGAUUAAGAUCUACUCCCCAGGCAGCUAUGAGAAUAUUUUAGGUCUUUUUAACCAUAUUUCUCCACUUUUCUUUUUCUUAAAUGAAAGAGGUGCUGAGUUUUGUAUCUCUCUGAGUCAUACUUCGCAUUUGAGGGAUAGUGCUUCCCAAGGGCUGCUUUGGACCCCGUUGUGUAACCAACCUUGACUAUACUCAAAUUUAUAAGGGUAGAAAGGAUUUGAGGGGUGGAGAGGAUGAAUGACAAGGACAGGAUGUGGCUGGCUGUUGACCUUUUUGUUAUUAAAUUUUAUACACCCGUUUUCCUGUAGUUUAGUUGUUUUGCUCCAUGAUGGUAAUUGUUCUGAGAAUCCUGAGAUCUGUGCUGCUGCUAUUACACUCAAAAAUCAAGUCAGUAAAACCUAUUACCUGUUUUUCCCCUCCCCCAACAUGUCUAUGUAGUAAUAAUAGCAUGAAAACUGACGAGUUAGCAGCAGCUUUGUAAGAAGAAAAGAAUGCAUUCAAAUGUAAGACUACUUCCUUCUCUGGAUCAUUUAAUCCAAUUGCAUUGAACAGUUCAACAAUGAAACUGAAGCUUAAUACCUUUUAUACAACAUUCUUAUACAAUAUUUCUUCUUCCCCAGGAGCCUUGAAUUCUAGGUUAUGGUGCGCAGCCUUUAUCUUGUAAGCACUGACAUUAUCCAAGUAUAGUCAGUAGCAGUAGGGCAACAAGAUUGAAAAGAAGAGGAAACUAUCUAAUACCACUCGGGGUUUUGACCUGAAUUGCUGGAAAACAGUGCCAUUCAUUCAUUGAGCUACAAAAUACAGCAGGAAGAGGCCAGGCUUUACAGGGGCAUGUGGUCAAAGUUGUGUUGGUAGUAAAAAGUGAUGCAUUCUAUUUAUCCUAAAGUGUAAUUAGAGGCUGCCAUGGUAUAACUAGAUAAAGCCCAGGUUGUUAGGAACUGGAGUUGAACAUAGUGAUCUAACCCUGAACUGACAACAUUUAGGUAACUGUGGAAUAUGCAGAAUUAUAUGGGAUUGCCCAGGAAGUGUUUAUGUAAGAAAAGCCAACAACAGAAUCAUUGGCAACACUCAACACUGGUGAGAGGAAGCACUGCAAUCAACCAACUGAAAAUGAACCACUCAGAAAGGAGACAGUAUGGCAAAGAAGCUAAGGGUCUGAGGAUUCAGAAGCAAAAUAAGAAAUGCAGAGUGUCCAUGGACACUGAUAAUCAAGAGGGUGCUGGGAUCUUUGCUAGAAGAGUUCAGUCUACCAGUACUUAACCUUUCCUCCUCUAAAAACGGAAAAGUGAAAAAAAGGAAUGGGGGAGGGGGAGUGAUUUGACUUCCUGCAGCUCUGGACUCAGCAAGAAUUAUGGAGACCAACUGCCUCAUAGGAUCCAGUUUCUUGGGAAGUUAUAUCUGGUCAUAUGAUAAUUAUUCUUUUGCUUGCUAUUGAACUGAAGGACUUUUGCAAUAUUAAAGCAUUUUGAGAUA